CGACCUGAAAAUAAUUCAAGUUUUGAUUUUAAAGUAUAAAAAGUACAGCCAAGCACAUAUUGAUAUCAUUCAUUUGCUGAGGUCACAAGACUUAACACAAGCAACAUGUUCAACAAAAUCGUCAUCUUCGCGGCGGCGUUAGCGGCCGUGUGUGCCCAACAGCACGGACACGGUCAAGACCACCACGGCCACGCCGUGUCCUCCCAGUCCUUCGUGAUCCACCAAGUGCACCAACAGCAUAAGGACAACCAUGCUCCCCAUCACCAGCAAGUCGUGGCUGCCCCGGUGUACCAAUCUGCUCCAGUCCACUACGCUAUCCCAGUCCACCAUGCCGCUCCUGCUCACCACGAACAUCAAAAAGAGGAACACCAUGAUUACUAUGCGCACCCCAAAUACGAGUUCUCGUACAAGGUGGAGGACCCCCACACCGGUGACCGCAAGUCCCAGCACGAGUUCCGAGACGGCGACGUCGUGAAGGGCGUCUACAGCCUGCACGAGGCCGAUGGUUCCGUCCGCACUGUUGAAUACAACUCUGACAAGCACAGCGGUUUCAACGCGUACGUGAAACACUCGGAACCCAUCAAGCAUGUCCAGCCCCACCAUCAUCACCAUUAAUCAAAUGACUGUGUGUUGUGGCGAUUGUUAUGUUGUUGA